GGGCAAGGAAAAUUAUUUAUUUUCAAGUGUUGUCUUUCAAUUUAGUUAUCACUUGCAUGAAAAUAUGUUUGAAAUAUUGUAUUUAAUGAAGGAUUGUCUUAAAUAUUAAGUUAUUUUGCUUGAAUAUAAUUUAUGUUGAAGCUUUAUAAUGGGAAUGAAUCACAGAUCCCAUUCGUUAUGGGUGUCACCCAAUGUAACAAUGUCCACAAUAAACACUACACCAGCUGAAGAUGUACUUAUUAAUGGAUGUGUAAGCAACUUUAGCACUGUAGCUUGUAUCAGGAGCUCUUUGCUGACAUUCCUGGCUGUGUUGACAGCUAUUUUGUGUGUGUUGAAGGUAAUAAAGUUACACCAUGCUCAUCAUCAGAACUGGCACCAAUAUUUUAUAUUCUACUGUGCUUCAUUAGAAUGUUCUAUAGGGGCAGUACACUGGGUUCUGUCGUUAUAUGUCCAGUUUGAUUUUGUGCUCCAAUGGCUGAAACUAGCUCAGUUCCUUGUAAUGUGCCAUUUUUACUGGACCCUUGCUACCAGGGCAUUAAGACGAGAAAUCUGGACAAAAAAAUUCCUGUUACCUUUCCUAGUGAUAGCAUGUCUAUAUUUUACAACUGUAGCUAUUCUUGGUAUUGUCAAUGUACAGGAUACAUUAACAGAAUGCUUUCAGCCGUAUUGGAUUAUGAUGUCAUCGGCUGAGUUUAUUAUUGUACAGUUAUUCUGUGUAGCAGGAUUUUAUAUAACACGUAGACUGAAUGAAAUCAGCACUCUAGACUCGGUGAGAAGAGCACAGAAAAGAGAUCUUUGGUGUAUAGUUGUGGUUUUUGAGUUAUCAGCUUUAAUUGGUGUACUGUACGACAUGACUCUCAGGAUAGUUGGUGAGCAAAAGUCUGGCUGCAGUGCAAUAUUUGAACAUAUGCAAGAAAUUUUCUCUGUUAUUUAUUUUGCAUUUAUGGUGUGUAAACUGCUGUUACCAAUCUGGGUGAUGCUUUUUGUAUUUCAACCUACACCUCAAGUUCAGGUGGAAAAUGAUGACCUCAUUCCUGCUUUAACUGAUGACGGAAAUUCAGCGUUCAGCACAAACACUGAUGAACAGUAUAGACAGCUUUAUCAUCCAGGCGAAAAUUAUAACUCGUUGGCAUAUGACACACCAUCAGCGUAUUCUCCCUCCGGUUACAGCCAGAACGGUAUUAACAGCCCUCGAGGCAGCCUCAAUACCAUGGUGAAUGGUGUAGCCAAUAACAUCUAUAAAAAUAGCCCUCAGACCAAUAAUUUGGGAGCUAUUACAGAGGAAAAUGUCAAUAAUUCCCAGAAUUCUUCUGUAAAGAACAGAAGUACUCCUGUUCAACAGGGAUCUUCCCUGAGGGAGAAGCAAGACAUCAAGGAGAGUAUAAAUAGUGUGAAGGGAAAGCAAUCUGUUGAUGAAAGAAGCAAUGGUUUACCUGCGUCUGCUGAGUCACGUUCAAAAUCAGGGAUGCCGUCUGCUGUUGUAAGGCCAAGUGGAGAAAAAAACCAGUCCAAAAAUAACAAACCAGUCACAACAACAACCAGUCAGGUUCAGAAGGGGGAUCAUGCUGUUGAUAAAACUCCACCCACUCAAGUUUUAAAUAAAACAGAAAAUGGGCCAAAAUUUUCUAUUAAUAGCGAUGACUCAGGGGAUGAAUCCCCUCCAAAAGGAAAAUUUUAUAUUUAAUUUUUUUUUUAAAUUUCAUUUUAUUGAAUUUGCAUGCUUCCUUUUAUCACAUUUGUUUCUAUACAGGUUAGAUAUUUUAGAUUUUAUAGGGGCUUUCUGUGAACCUGUUGUAACUUUUACAUGUAGUAAAGAAUGAAAUAUGGCCAUAUUCCCCUGAUACUUUACUGUUGUUGUUGUUAUUAUAUGCAUUUAUAUUAAUGUAUUACAUCUAUCCAUGAAUGUUGUAUUAUCUUGUGGUGUACUGGAGAAUCUGGUGAAUAAACAUGUAUUUAAAUAUAAGAGCAUUUAAAAGGUAAAGGCAUUCAACCUUACCAUUAUUUUGUAUGGGAUAUCAUAUGUAGUGUUCUUGCUGUAAUUUUGUACAGAAAAUAAGCGCAUAUUUGAUAUUGGUUAAGAAAAAAGAACCCCUCCAAAAAAAGACAGGGGAAACACAGUUUAAAAUUAUCAGUGAUUAUUAUUUGUUACACAAAGAUUUAAUAAGUAUUUUUGCCUUUUUUAAUUGAAAGUGCAGUAUAUAAUACUUGACAAGUGUGUUUAUGGUACUGGAACGAUGAUUGAAUGGUCCAAGACGUUAUACCUUGAUUCAACAAAUUAUGACCAUUAUGAAAUAAAAGGACAUAGUGUACUGCGCAUGUCCAUGUUUUAUUUUGAGAUAAGCAUUAUCUUUCUGAAUAGCUGUACAAUGCAAGUCUAUAAGCACAUAUCAAUUAUAAGUUAAUAAGAAAAUAUUGCUUGGCUCGAGUAUCGGUGAAUAUCAAAAAAGACCAUAAAUGUUUCACAAAAAUUAUUGUAUUACUAAGCAUAUGACUUACUUUUCCAGAUUCUGCAGCAUCAACUUUACCAGUUAGGGAGUUUUUGCAUAUUGAUAUUGUUGCUUUCAUUUGAGAGUAUUGUUAUUGUCUGUUAACAUGUUAUGUUACCAAAUAUGAUAGUCAAGUAUUGAUGAUAGAAUUUGUUUUGUAUAAGGUUGUACCUCAAAAUAGGAGCUUUUAGUGUAUCUUGUGUAAUAUUUGUGUAACAGAAAAUUUUAUCAGUGUAUAUCAAUUUGAUGUAAAUAUUUAUGUUGUUUUUUUAUGUUUAUGUUGUUUUUUAGCUCGACUAUUCGAUAAGAAUAAGUAGAGCUAUUGCAGUCACCCGAGCGUCGGCGUCGGCGUAACCACUUAUGUUAAAGUUUUUGUAAUAGUUCAAAUAUUUUCAAAGUCCAUUGACAUAUGGCUUUGAAACUUUGCACACUUGUUCACCAUCAUGACCCCAACCUGUAGACAGGAGGAGGUAACUUUAUCAAGCAUUUUGACAGAAUUAUGCCCCUUUUUCGACUUAGAAUUUACGUUAAAGUUUUUGUAAUAGUUCAAAUAUUUUCAAAGUCCAUUGACAUAUGGCUUUGAAACUUUGCACACUUGUUCACCAUCAUGACCCCAACCUGUAGACAGGAGGAGGUAACUCUAUCAAGCAUUUUGACAGAAUUAUGCCCCUUUUUCAACUUGGAAUUUACGUUAAAGUUUUUGUAAUAGUUCAAAUAUUUUCAAAGUCCAUAGACAUAUGGCUUUAAAACUUUGCACACUUGUUCACCAUCAUGACCCCAACCUGUAGACAGGAGGAGGUAACUGUAUCAAGCAUUUUGACAGAAUUAUGCCCCUUUUUCGACUUAGAAUUUACGUUAAAGUUUUUGUAAUAGUUCAAAUAUUUUCAAAGUCCAUAGACAUAUGGCUUUGAAACUUUGCACACUUGUUCACCAUCAUGACCCCAACCUGUAGAUAGGAGGAGGUAACUGUAUCAAGCAUUUUGACAGAAUUAUGCCCCUUUUUCGACUUAGAAUUUUCGUUAAAGUUUUUGUAAUAGUUCAAAUAUUUUCAGAGUCCAUUGACAUAUGGCUUUGAAACUUUUCACACUUGUUCACCAUCAUGACCCCAACCUGUAAACAGGAGGAGGUAACUGUAUCAAGCAUUUUUUUUACUAUCAAGCACUAAGAAUAGUCGAGCGUUGCUGUCCUACCGACAGCUCUUGUUUAUAAUGUUCAUAAAUUUGUAAAUUUUACUUAGUCAGUAUCUGUAUAUAAUAAAUCCAGUGGUUGCAAUUUUUUUUUUUUUAAUUUAGUUUGAUUUUACAAGUGUAUAUAUAGAUCUUAAUACCUGUACUGGUUUUUUUGUUGAUGUAAAUAAAAUCUGAUAUAAAUUUUUAUAAUUUGAAUAUUUUUCAGCGUGUCUGUGUUUAGAUAUACAUGUAAAUGAUUUGAUUUUAUAAAAUGAUAAAGUUUAUGCUUGUAUGCUUGGCAUGCAUAUUUUAUAAUUACUUACUAGUAUUUUUUAUAGUGAGGUACAUAUAUAUGAAUUCUUUUAUUAUGGAAACUUACAUUGUAAAGUGAUGUAUAUUUUUAUGUAUUUUUAGAUUUUAGGUAAUAUACCAAGACUGUACACACAGCUUUUAGAUGAUAAAUUGUGAUGAUUUUUUUUUUAAUCUUAAAAAAUCAAUAAUAUGUGAUACAGUUUAACUUACCAGUUUGAACAUUUGACUUAUUCUUGUUUAAUGAUAUCUUUAUUCAAUUAUUUUUAAAGGGACUCCACUGAGGUUUACUGGAAAUAAUUUUUCGAGAUAGAUAUUCCAUUUGAUGUAGAUCUAGACAAUAACUUGUGUGCACAAUUUGAGAUCAUUUGCUUUCUAUGAUAUUUCCAGAAUAAUUAUUUUAAUUGGGAAAAAUGACCAAAAACCAAAAAGCUUUGCAAAAUUUUUCACUCAAAUCGAAAUCGGGCUAUAAAUAGCACAAAACAAUUUAUUUCUCAUUAUAUUUCGUAAUAAUAGUUUGCAUAUCUUUCAGUUUUAAGUGCCCCAGCUAAUCUAAGAAAGAUUCAGAAAUUUCGUGAUAAAGGCUUUUGGGCCUCAGUGAAGUCCCUUUAAUCUGCUAAAUUUAUGUAAUGAACUGGUCCAGCUUGAGUUUGGAACUGUCCAUUAUAAGUUAGAGGGAUUUCAGUAUCAACAAUAAUUAAGCAGCAAUUAGUUUAGAGCCAGGUUAGGCAAAAUGGACUGUGCUGGCUCGCCUGAAUUUUCCCUUGGCCUACUGACUUUAUACAAUGGAUUUGCCCAACCUAUAAAAAAAAUAAUUUUAAGGGAUUUCAAUAUUUAUGUACUAUCAAUGCCAAAAUAGUUUGAGUUACCUUUCCUUAGACAACUUCCACUAUAUUUGUUUUCUAUAUGUAUUUAUGAAAUAGCAAUAUUCUGUUUUAUUGGGUUUUAUUUUUUCAUUCUUAGAAAAACAGCACACAUUUUUGGAGGAAUUUAUCUACCCAUAGAUGUUUAUAAUAAUACAUAUUCACAGACAAAAACAAACAAACAAACAAAACAAAACAAGUUCACUUUACUUUCUUGGAACUAAAUAUAGAUUCAAAAUUUAAGACA